AUGGACAGUAAUGAAACAUCCAGGGAGAAAGAUGAGAAUGAUUUUAUAAUUAGUUAUCCAUCGACACCAGUAGGUGGUGGUUUGCAUCAUACGCACAGCAUUGAUGAUAGCUUACUCUCCCGUCGAACUCUUUCGAGGAAUCAGAGUAGCAGAAGAUGCAAGACCCCUACGCCAAGGUCCUUCUCCAGAAGUGUGAGCCGGAGCACCACCUCAUCAUCGGCAAUUACAAGUCGUAGGAACCCAUCCGAGACCGAUAUCCUUGCCUCUAUAACAAGAAAUCUGAGUCGGGAGGCUGAACUUGCUGCCUCUAUAUCAAGGAAUAUAAGUAGGAACAUGAGUAGCAAUGCAAGCUGCAGUUUGAACAGGACUAAGAGCCAGAAUAAUGGGAGCAGGCGAAACCCGUCUGAGUCUGAUUUACCCUCUCCAUCACCUUUAUCUCCACCGCGCAGCUCCCCACCGGCCUCACCUUCACCUGCCGCCUCUCCAUCUACCGCUCGAUCACCUCGUACCAGUAAAACAUCUGAAACGGACCGUACACCACUCACAAGAACCCCGAGCAGGAGGAGCACCACCCCCAUUGUGUUCUCUCAGACAACGGCGAGAAGGAAACCUCCCCCGGUUGAGAAGAAGCUUGAAUUCACACUCGAAGAGUUGUGUCAUGGAUGCGUAAAGAAGAUCAAGGUUACUAAAGAUGUCAUCAACCAUGCAGGGAUUAUUGUGAAAGAAGAGGAAAUGCUGAAAAUAAAUGUGCAGCCAGGUUGGAGGAAAGGAACCAAGAUUACUUUCGAAGGGAAAGGGGAUGAGAAACCAGGGUACCUUCCAGCUGAUAUCAUCUUCUUGAUAGAUGAAAAGAGGCAUCAUUUGUUCAAAAGAGCAGGCCGGGACGAUUUGGAAAUCGCUGUUGAGAUUCCGCUGGCUGAUGCAUUGGGAGGCUGCUCGUUUCCAGCUCCCUUGCUAGGAGGUCAAAAAAUGAAUCUGUCAUUCGACCACAUCAUACAUCAUGGUUAUGAAAAGGUCAUUGAAGGACAAGGGAUGCCAAGGCUUAAAGAACCAAAAAAGAGAGGUGACCUCCGCAUUACUUGUCUCGUUAAAUUUCCCAAAAAAUUGAGCAACGAGCAACGAGCAGAAGCUGUUAGAAUUUUACAAGAUUGUUCUUAUCAGUAA